AUGGCUGCUCAGCCAGCGCUUUCCAUCACUCCAGCUUCGGCUGCCCCUUUGGCCCCCGCGUUGGUUGCCAAGCCCACUGUUUCGCCGUCACCCGGCCCCGGUACACCCGGAUCCGUCACCUCCAAGGAAUGGGUAAUUCCACCCCGUCCUAAACCAGGUCGCAAGCCGGCCACAGAUACGCCCCCUACGAAGCGAAAAGCACAGAAUCGUGCUGCUCAGAGAGCCUUUCGAGAACGCCGAGCAGCCCGUGUGAACGAACUCGAAGACCAAAUCAAGCUCAUCGAGGACGACCAUGAAAUUCACGUCAACACGUUCAAGGAACAAAUCUCGAAUCUCUCGCGAGAGGUCGAACAAUGUCGAACCGAGAUGUCAUGGUGGCGCGACCGGUGUCAUACCCUGGAGAAAGAGGUUUCUGUCGAGAGAGCUGCAAGGGAAUCUCUCGUGAAGGAAUUCCGUGAGUCUUUGCCCGAUAAGAACACCUCGAGUACCGAUGCAGUGCCUUUGCCACCUCGGCCAUCAAAGAGAGCCCGCGUUGAAAGUGAAAAGAAUCCGUCGACCCACGACCACGAUGAAACGGAUGAAGAAGUCCCAUUGGGCUGUACCCGAUGCUCUACCACGCAUUGUCAGUGUAUUGAGGAGGCAUUUUCUAUGCCCGGCGUCCAGAUGAACAACGCGCUGCGCGAGCCUGAGCCGAAGAUCAAGUCUGAGCCAGAGGAAAUGGAGAUUGACUUCACAACUCGCUUUGCUGCUUCCCACAAUGAGAACACUGCUAGCCCUGUGUCGUCGCCUCCGGUCGACCCCUGUGGAUUCUGUUCGGACGGAACACCUUGCAUUUGUGCAGAGAUGGCCGCACAGGAGGACCAACGCCGACGCGGAAGCACAUUUGAGAACAAUCGCCUAGCACCCAUUCAAAAUAUCUCCCAAUUCACCCCACCCCCUUCCGACAGUGAUGUGCGCUCGGAGGUCACCCUGCCUCCCAUCAGCCAGGCAACUGCGGCAAACCCUUGCGCCAACGGUCCGGGGACAUGUGCUCAGUGCGUGUCAGACCCCCGAAGGACCCUUUUUUGCAAGACUCUAGCGGCUUCUCGCUCCGCCAGUGGUACCCCGACUGGAUGCUGCGGCGGUAAGGGUGCCGAUGGUGGAUGUUGCCAAACCCGUGCACCACCACCGCCGCCCCGCCGCAACACAGCAAAUACCGACCGCGCAUCAACACCCCUCACACUCUCCUGUGCCGACGCAUUCACAACCCUUUCUCGUCACCCGAACUUUUCUCGUGCCAGCGACGAACUCGCCUCCUGGCUGCCAAAGCUCCAUACCCUUCCCAACCCCCGAGACGUCAGCCAGACCACAGCCGCUUCCCGAGCCGCGAUGGAAGUCGAGGCCGCAAGCGUCAUGGGCGUGCUGCGUUACUUUGAUCGGCGAUUUGCCGACAAAUAG